CCAUCGCAAUUAGAUGUUGAAUUAAACCCACAGAGUUCAACUCCCAUCAAUUUAACUUGAAAAUCUUCGCUUGGAAUACACUCAAUCUUUGCAAAAAUCGUAAGUUUCACUAAUCUUCCAAGGAUUUCUACCUGAUUUUGAUCACUAACACCUCACCAAAUUUCCUCACAAUCCCCUCUUCUUCGAUCCCCCAAUUACUAUUUCCACUUAACUUCUCGCUUCUCAACACCAAAUCCCCUUUCUAGAUCUCUCCCACAAUCGAUUCUGCACAAACCCACAUGCCUUUGAUCAACUCAAUCCAACCCAUUUUCUUAAUUUUGCUCAUUCAUCACUAGUUUUCAAGAAAAACCCAGUUUGGGAUUUUGGGUAUGAUGGUGGAAACUUCGAUUUUUGGUGUGCGGUUCAAUAAUCAGAGGAUUGACUUGAAACGAUGCGUUCCGGCUUUCUUUUCCACGUACAGGACGGUGUUUACAGUGUUCUGGAUCGCGGCGGUUGCCACCAUUUUUCUCUGGCAGAGUACCAUUGGUGAUGGGUUCUUCUUCCUCCAGCGAGGUUCGGCUCGGCCGUUACCGAGGUUGAGGCCAGCUGUGUUUAAUUUGACGGAUUUUGGAGCAGUUGGUGAUGGGGUGACAUUGAAUACUAAGGCCUUCGAGAAGGCUAUUUUGGCUAUUUCGAAGUUGAGGACCAAAGGUGGGGGACAGCUUAAUGUGCCUGCAGGGCGUUGGCUUACGGCUCCCUUUAAUCUCACUAGUCAUUUGACUUUGUUUUUGGAUGAAGGUGCUGUUAUAUUGGGGAUUCAGGAUGAAAAAUAUUGGCCACUGAUGCCUCCUUUGCCUUCUUAUGGUUAUGGAAGAGAGCACAUUGGACCUCGAUAUGGAAGUUUGAUUCACGGUCAAAAUCUCAGAGAUGUUGUGAUAACAGGUCAUAAUGGUACCAUAAGUGGACAGGGGAAAACAUGGUGGAAGAAAUACCGCCAGAAGCUUCUUAACCACACAAGGGGCCCACUCGUUCAGAUCAUGUGGUCAAGGGAUAUUUUGAUCAGCAAUAUAACUUUGCGUGACUCUCCUUUUUGGACACUUCAUCCAUAUGACUGUAAGAAUAUAACUAUACGGAAUGUAACAAUCUUGGCUCCUGUACAUGAUGCACCAAACACAGAUGGAAUAGAUCCUGAUUCAUGCGAAGAUAUGCUGAUUGAGGAUUGCUACAUAAGUGUGGGAGAUGAUGGUAUAGCGAUUAAAAGUGGUUGGGAUCAGUAUGGCAUUGCUUACGGGCAACCCUCUAAAAACAUACGAAUCCGAAAUGUUGUUCUUCAAUCUAUGGUUAGUGCUGGUAUAUCAAUUGGUAGUGAGAUGUCAGGUGGCGUAUCGGGUAUCACUGUAGAGAAUGUCGUGGUGUGGAACUCCAGGCGUGGUGUUCGUAUCAAGACUGCUCCUGGAAGAGGAGGAUACGUACAGGACAUUACAUAUCGUAAUCUGACCCUCGAUACUGUUCGUGUUGGGAUUGUCAUAAAGACAGACUACAACGAGCAUCCAGACGAAGGAUAUGAUCCAAAGGCACUUCCAGUGCUGAAGGACAUAAGCUUCACAAGCAUCCAUGGACAGGGAGUUCGUGUUCCCGUCCGAAUGCAUGGUAGCAAAGACAUUCCAGUGAGAAACGUGACGUUCAAAGAUAUGUCAGUUGGGAUAACAUACAAGAAGAAACAUAUAUUCCAAUGUGCAUUUGUUCACGGGCGAGUGAUAGGAACUAUCUUCCCUGCUCCAUGUGACAACCUAGACCGUUACGACGAGCGACAACGGCUAAUUAAACACUCUGCCUCCCAAAAUGCAACUGAUAUCGAUUACGACUUUUGAGUAGCUAACUCAUAUGAUUGAAGAACUGAAAUACUACUUUCUUUUUCUUUUUCCCAUCAGUUAAAACGCUCUACAAUGUCUAUUUUAUGGCUAAGAUUACAAUUUUGUUUGCUGGAGUUGUACAUAAAAAAAGAAGAAAAACAAAACCCUUUUACUAGAGUGAACAAACGACGAAGGUUUGGAUUUCUGAUU